AUGGGGAGCUCAUAUCAACCGUUUCACGCUCUCAUUAAGGCCUGUGCCACGGAGCAGGAAGUCGUGAGAGCUGGCAAAUUCGAGAAGAAAAAGUACCUAGUUAAUAGUCGAAUUGACUGGACUCCCCUUCAAUGGAGACGUCGCUUGGAAACAUUUGAUAGUGAUGAUGGCCCUACUAUUGCACGAGGGCCUCGAGGAGAGGUCGAUGAUGUUUGCAAUCUAGGUGAAUUGACAGAUAAGGGGAGAGAAACAACCUCACAGUUGGGAACACGACUUCGAAGACUUUACAUUGAGCAAUUGCAAUUUCUACCCCCAAUGAUUCACAAUACCGAUUUUAUGUACCUUCGCGCGACGCCCAUUCCAAGAGCUCUGGAAUCACUACAAGAAGCCUUCUUGGGCAUGUAUCCACCUAACUCACGCGCUGCAUCUUGCCCCCCGCCAACUAUCAUCACACGCGCGCCUUCUGAUGAGACUUUGUUUCCAAACGAUAGUGGCUGCAGAAGGUUUGCGCAACUGUCGAGAGCUUUCGCGCAACGAACUGCCGAUCAUUGGAACCAGACAGACGAAAUGGAGUAUCUAAAUAAACUUAUCAGCAAGUGGAUGCCCGAUUCAAGUAAACGAGUAGCUGUCGAUUCUCAUCCCAGGCUUUCUGGUAUAAUGGAUACUAUAAAUUCCACCCUAGCCCAUGGUCCGGAAACUAGAUUACCAAAAGAGUUCUACGAUAAAAAAGGUCGGGCCAUUAUAGAAAAAAUAGGAGUCGAGGAAUGGUUCAACGGAUAUAAAGAGUCAGAAGAGUACCGAUCUCUAGGCAUCGGAGGGCUAAUGGGAGAUCUAGUGUCGAGAAUGGUUGGUAGUGUUGAGCACAAUGGGCAAGAUGGACUGCUGGAGACCGGUGGUGAGGAUGGUUCGACUGGCAUUGGUAGAGGAGGUGAGAAGGCUAUAAAGCUUGGCUUGAGUGGUUGUCAUGAUACUACUCUCGCUGCCGUUCUUUCUAGUCUAGGGGCGUUCGAAGGCGAGCCUUGGCCACCGUAUACGUCUCACAUUGCUUUAGAGAUGUUCCUCAAAAAACAGUCGUCGUUUGAGGAACCGGAAUAUGAUCCGCCCAAAGCUGGCAGUACCGGAAAAGGACUGCUUUCGAUAUUCGGAUUGGGUAAAAAAGCUGAAACAGGUCCAAUUGGUAUCGCACGGAGGAAGCUUCGUGAUCUUUCGGAAACGGAGAGGUCUAAGCUAGAUGGUUAUUAUGUCAGAAUUCGGUACAAUGACAAGGUUAUGAAAGUUCCUGGUUGUAGGCCACAAGGCAAACAUCUUGAGGGCGACGACUCAUUUUGUACAUUGGCGGAGUUCAAAAAUAUAGUGGAUAAGUACACUCCUGCUCACUGGAAGAAGGAUUGCUUGAACAACAUAGAUGCACCGGCCUUUCCAAAAGUUAAAGAGCCCGCAGGAUAUUAG